AUGAAUUCAAAAAUUAAAGGAAUAACGGAUGAUAUAACAUCAAUUCCACCAGAAGAACAGAGAUAUUACGCAUUAAAUGCAUUUCCUAAAGUUUUGAAGAUUGGAAGAUUUAAUUUAAAUGAGGAAUUCAUAGAAGGUUUCCUAAAUGACAUAAUGAAGAAGGUGGAUAAGGAAUAUGUGGAUAGUGAGUUAAUGAAGAAAGCAGAUAAGGAAUACGUUAAUACUGAAUUAAAUAAGAAGGCAAAUUUGGUUUAUGUUGAUGAAAAAGAUAAUGAAAUUAAAGAAAAGGUUGAAUGGUAUCAUGAAUGGACAUUGGAGACUUUUAAAGUUAAAGCUGAUACAGAAUGGGUUUCAGGAUGUUUAGACUUUAAAGCAGAUAAAACUUAUGUUAACGAUGAGUUAGAGAAGAAGGCAAAUUUGGUUUAUGUUGAUGAAAAAGAUAAUGAAAUUAAAGAAAAGGUUGAAUGGUAUCAUGAAUGGACAUUGGAGACUUUUAAAGUUAAAGCUGAUACAGAAUGGGUUUCAGGAUGUUUAGACCUUAAAGCAGAUAAAACUUAUGUUAACGAUGAAUUAGAGAAGAAAGCAGAUAAGGAAAAAGUUAUUUCAUUCAUUAAUACUGAGUUAGCAAAGAAAGCUGAUAUAUCAUUUGUUAAUGAAGAAAUAAAACAAUCAGAGGUCUAUUUUACUCCACCAUUUUUAAAUUUUAUGAAAUCAUCAGAUAAAACCUUUGAUAUAGAUUCUUUUGAUUGGAUAUGUUUCGAUGGAGUGACCAUGUAUUUAUUUUAUACAGCUGGAGUGCUUUAUUAUUUUAAAACAAAUGAUUUUAAAAAUUAUGAAUCAUUUACUCCAUCUGUUUGGAAUCCUGAUACACGAAAGCCAAUCAUUAAUCCAAGAAUUUUAUAUGUUGAAUAUAAUAACGGUAAAUUUAUGGGAAUGAUAACGGUUGGAGAUGAUUUUUGCCCUUGUUAUUCAUUCGAUUGUAUCCAAUGGUUCAAAUGUAAUUUAAAUCAAGAUGCUAAAUUUAAAUAUCCAAAUAAUCCUAUUAGAUGC